AUGAAAAGGUCAGAGUUCGAGACCUCUAAUUAUCUCAAAGAUGAUCGUCUUAGCAUACGUGGUACAGUCAGCAUAGUGCAAAUUCGUUUUGAAGAGGAAAAACGUUAUGUUGUUCAUGUAGCUCAAUCAGACACGAUUCUUGCAGCUCGAUCUCCUAUAUUUAAAACUAUGUUUUCUGGACUAGUGGGUAAUCCAGACGUGGAAACGGUAGUUGUCGAAGAGUUAGAUCCUUUUGCUUUUAAGGCCAUGCUGUUAUUUUUGUACUCGGAUGAACUUCCUGAAACACAUGAACUUUCUGAUUCAGAUUCUCCUUGCACUUCAACUACAAUCAUGAGACAUCUAUUAGCUGCAGCAGAUCGCUAUAAUCUUCCUCGAUUGAGACAAAUGUGUGAGGUAAAAUUAUAUGAAGACAUAGCUGCAAAUAAUGUGGCAGAUACACUGGCACUAGCAGAGCUAUACCAAUGCUUGGAACAAAACUGCAUGUCUUAA